AGCUCUGGCGGGGCGGCCGGGCCCAGGGCAAGUGAAGGUCACGGUUGGGGUGGCAGGGGGAGCCCCGGGGCUUGGAGGUGGGUACAGCCCAGCCCUGCUGCCACCCUGCGACUCGCCUUAUUGUCGUGGCGCGGGAGGAGGAGGAACAGGGAACGGCGGAAUAUGCCCUUUGCUGCCGGGACCACCCCAGCGGAGCAGCUUCAGGCUCUGGAGCUUCAUCUCCAGCACCUCUUCGCCAGAUGUCAUCUGGCAGCACUGCUUCUGGCUCUAUUGGAUGGUCUUCCGUUCUCUAUGUGGCUUCCGGUCUUGCUUCCAUUGGUGGCUUAUAUUAUGCUUACGGACUAGUCACGUCAAGCAGAGAUAGGUAUAAUGAACGGCUUCGUUUUUCUGAAGAAGCACGUGAAAGGGAGCUGAAGGCUUAUCCACAAACCAAAAGUAAUGAAGAAGACUCAGCUGAAGUCACUGAAGCAAAGGAGGAGACUGUAGCUGUAGCUGCAGAAGAAGUUGAAGCAGCACCUGCUGAUGGGCCUACAGAACAGAAGGAGGUGGCCAUGGAAACUGAAGGAGAAAAAGAAUUGCCAGGUGCAGAUGCAUCCCUUGCUGUGGAAGCAGCACAGCAGGAAGCUGCUGCUAGCUUGGAGGCUGCCCCAAUGCAAGAAACUGCUGGUGAUGUCUUGGAUGCUGCAGCUUCUCCUGCUUCUGCUCAUGAGCAGAAGUUAGAGAAUAUGCAAGAAGAAAUAGACUCUUCAGCUCAAGAGAGGCCUGAUGCAUCCCCAACAAACCAGGAAACUGUUGCUGAGGGAUCUGGGCAAGCUUCAGAAGUUUCUACUGAAAGAAAGGCAUCUGAAGAUGUUUCUAAGGAUUCUUAAAGGGAGCAACAGAGAAGACUUCUGAAGAGUGUCACAGGAAUAUUUAUGACAAUCAACCAGCUAAUUUAUGUUGUAAAACCUAAUGUUCUUUCUUGGAGAUGUAAAACAAACCUUACAGGUGGUCAUGCUAAAACUGCUUGUCAGAAUUAGCAUUUUUAUAUUUUCACUAGUAUUCAUUUAUUACAACAGGCAACCUCAGAAGAUUUAGGUUUGCCAGAGAGAAAUAAGCUACUCUAGUGGGAAAACUUCUUUCUAAAACAGAGAUAUAGUGGGUGCACCUACAUGUUCAUUAAUGCACUUUUGCUAAUGUGCAUUAAAUUUAGUUCCUCCAUUGUGAGGUGCUAGAUAAAGGUGCAUUGGCCUAUUUUAAUGUGCAUUAGCAAAAAUACACUGAUUUUUGUGAUGCUUUAAGGAGCAUUAAAAUAGGCUAAUGAGCAUUAAAGAGCACAAGUAGAUGCACCCAGUAUAAUGUAAUACAGAACCAAGACCCAGAUAGUAUAUAUCAAAUCCACUUGUCAAGAGAAAGAAUAGAUUUAAUUACCAGUACAUAUACGUCAAGUAGGUUCUAGAAAAUUUUAAAAAUCUAAAUCUAGGAAUUUAUGUUGACUUUCUACCGUUUUCCAGGCUGUGAUGGGUGAUAACAUUGUAACAUCCCAUACUAGCAAGAUGCUGCCCCAGACAAUCAUAGCAAAAUUACAGAGAAGUUUGAAAAACACACAUAAAACUAUAAAAUUAAGCAAUAUAGUAAGGUAUUGUCAGUGAUGAUCAUUUUAAGGCUGGGCCAGAUGUAAUAUAUAUAGAACCUCUUAUAUAUAGAGAAUGUGAAUCCUAAGGUGGAACCAAUAUUUCUUCUCUAAAGCUGAUGGAGAACUUUGAAAAGAAAAUGACAGUAGUAUAAGUGACAUGUGGAAUUCUUCCUACUAGUUAUUCACAAAAAUGCAUUCACUCUUCCUCAACUCUUAAAGCAAAUUGCAAUAUUGUCAAGGAGAAAAUGUAGUGUGUUUCUCAGAUUAAGAAUAACCUGCAUAAUUCUGCAGAAGCAAAUUUAGGUUCCUGAACUUUUAUCAUCCAUAUUACAGCCUUUUACUUGAAAAAUAUUGCUACUGUGAAAAAAAAAACCCAAAUAUCACUGCAAGCAAAGCUACCUUGAAUAAAACCUUACCACAGAAUU